AUGAUUCGAUAUCGAAAGACACGUUUACAAACUACUGAUCCCCCCAGCUCAAACUCAUUCGAUGUCCGACAUGCCUUGCACCUAUUAAGCAAACGAGACGACUCGGACUCUUCUACUACCACUACUACUACUACUGCUACUACUGCUACUGCUACCCCCUCUUCUACGAAAUACUUAGGUAUUGGCGUGGCUAUUGGUGCACUCUUACUAUGCUUUGCUCUAGGCUUCCUAUUCUACAGGUACAGGCGAAAAAAGGCUGUUGAAGCUAAAGUAUACGCCGAGCGUAAUCAACAACGUCGAGAACAAGAACGGUAUUAUCGUACAGUGGACACAGAUCUGCCCUUAUACACUGAGGAGAACUACGCAGAUCCUUCUCUACCAAAGUACGAUAAUGUCGUUGUCACUGUCAAUGACAUUGCCACUCCAACCAGUAUCCAACGCCCAGAGACAGCUCACAUGCAUCAUGGAAGAAAUGGUGACAGUUCUACAAUGACACACAUUGACCUGAGCAGAAUUGUGUGA